CACCAAGUGGGUCGUUGUGAGAUGCAGCGUGGACGUGACAAUGCCACCAACGAGCAGGUGCGGCGAUUGCACUCGGUCGAAACGCGUCAUUUGACGAGCAAGCGCCUGAAAGAACAAGGCCUACACAUACCUUCGUCGAGUCGCAGCUCUUCUCGCCGAAAGAGCUCGGUCACAGGCGAACACGGCGAUCUCAGCUGGAGUGAACACGAUGGAGUAGAACGUGCAGAUACUCAUGGUGGCAUAAACGAGGCUGAGAGCCAUUCUGACUCUGACGAGUCUUACUCAAGCGCGUCUUCAAUAAACGAAGCCAGUGCCGACCCUUUCGUGGAUGGUGUAGAGCUCAGAAGCGAAAUUACGCAAUUGAGGCAGCAGUUGGCAAAUGUCAAGGGGCUGCUAAAUCAAGCCAAGACUGAAUUGGCUUUGGAGCAAUCGCGACGGCCUACUGUGUAUGAUGAUGCUUAUUUUGUAGCGCAGCUCGACAAUCUGCGACAAGAAAUCCAAUCAUGGACUAUAACCUACUUCUCAACUGGCAAGGGCCACUAUACGCAGCGUACAAGGAGGAGGUUUGAGGUCGUGAGCGACGACUGGGCAUCGUACAUGGAAGAUGCGAAUUUUCGACCCUGGCUAAUACAAGCUCGCAUCUGGCAUACCUUGCUGCAACGCCUGUUCGAUUCAGACUCAUCAAGGCGUCAUCGCUGGUUGUACACAGGAGCGAAAGAUGGAGUUUCUGUCGAUGAGACACUGGAGCGAGCCGCCAGUUCCAGCACAAUCGCAAAUCGCAUGGCCUUCUCGGAAUGGCGUGCUUCCACAUUUGCAUUGCUAUUCCCUGGCAAAGGCUCAGCGAUCGACCCCGCACCGUACCUGCAGCAAGAUCUUGACGAACAUGUGACGGACGUGAUGAAAGACUUAUGGCGCCCGCUUUGGAACUAUGCAGAGAGAGGAUUUUCUAAAGAACACAGAAGCGAAGCGAAGCGGUGGCUCCGUGAAAUCAUUUCCGCUGCCUUUUACUUGGAUCUCGACGUCAAGAAACAUUCAACAGACUUAUGGUUUACUAGCAAAAACUUACGAAUAAGGUCGGCAUUUGACUCAAGAGACAUGGAAGAUAAGCUUGAGCAGACCGGGAAGGGAUACGUGCGGCUUGUCGUUUCACCUCCAUUGUACAAGGAGACUAUAGUGAAUCAGACGGUCAAAAAGAUCUUGUUGCGCAAGGCUCAAGUUUGCACAAGCACGCUCGAGAGAUUACCUCGGAGCAAUAUAGCAAUAGCCAUGGAGACGUUCUAUACCCCUGAGAGUAACCACUCAAGACUUGAGCAGGGGACGUCAGGUUAUGCGCACCCUUCUCGCAGCCAUACGUCUAGCAGGCGACUCGGCGACACCACAGCUAGGGAUGGCAGCGGCCGGAGGUCUGAGUAGUGUCCCGUAGUAGUGCUGUAGGCUCUGCGUUUGAUUAUCGCUGGGCGGGCUCGAGCUGUUAGUGCAAGCUCACGGAUGUCCCAGGAUGUAGAUCGUUCCCACGUAAGCGUGAGAGACGACUUUCAAAGUAUGAGAAAGAGUGCAAAUUCACACUGGCAACUCAAGGCUAGUACAAAUCAAUGUUGAUCGAACAAGAUAGUAUGGAAUGUGGUCUACUUUGUG